CACACACACACACACACACACACACACCAGCGUGGAGGGUAAGUACAGUAUUCUCAUCUGUGCUGUUGUACAGUGUCUGUCUGAACACUGUCCCAUGAUGCACUGCUCCAGCUGACCAGACGGCGGGUAAAGACUGACGGAUUGAUGAAGACUCACAUCUUCAGGCAUCACAAACCGUCUGGACGCUCUAAGAGCAGAUUUACAUCAGAAGCCGAGACCGUUUGUUCACAUGCAGUCGGUCGGUCUUUACUCAGCUGUGUACUUGUUCUGAUUAGUUAGUUUCAUUUUUAACUAGUCUCACUUUGUGCCUUCAUGUAAUUUGGCAUUAAAGCAAACCCUGCAGAUGUAAGUGAAUGUUGAUUACACGAUUGCAGAACAGACUGAAGAGCGAUAUUCUCUCUGACGUAACAGCUGCUGACAACAGCCUGAAUCAUCAUUAAUCAGAGUUUAAUUAGAUUCUGAUCAGUGGAGCUGACCGGAUUAACCGCGUAACCCUGCCGCGAGCACAGUGUUAGUUUAGAAUCAUUCAGAUACUAUUAUAGUUAGUGUUAAUAUAUUCAUUUUAGUUCAACUUCUUGUAAUUUAGCUGAUUGUCAUUUUUAGUAGUUUUAUAUAUAUAUAUAUAUAUGUCUGUGAUCUGGACACGAAAAGAAACGAAACGAGCGGACUGAAGAUGAGUUCAAUAAUCCCAGAGACACAGAGUAUUAAAGAAGCCGUGAUUCACAUCAACUCCAUUGACAGCAGCAAGUUCUCCAGACUUCUGUCCCGGAUUCUGCAGAAGCUCCACCUGAAGGAGGAGCGCUCCUUCAGUGAGGAGGAGGAGGAGAAGCUGCAGAGCGCUUUAUCUCUGGAGAAACACACUCUUCAUCUGCUGGUGGAAACCCUGUCCUUCAUCCUCGAGCAGGCCGUGUAUCACAACAUCAGAGCAGCAUCUCUCCGACAGCAGCUGGAGAACAUCAGUGUUGAGUCGGAGAAAGCUGAGGUGUUCAGUCAGGUUUGGGCUUCAGCUGCUCCAGAUGUGCUGGAGAAGAUCCGACUCGCCAUAUUUGCCCCUAAGAAGCUGGAUCUCGUGGGUUGGCAGCUCAAUCUAAAGAUGUCCUCGUCGGCUCGGAGCAGACUGAAGGAGCCGCACGCCAUCCUCAAUCUAGGGCUCCGCACGGAAGACGACGCAGAGCGUCUGCAGGACGUGUUUGUGGAGUUCAGCCAUCAGGAUCUGCUGGACUUCUACAAUCAGAUGGAGAGGAUUCAGACUCAGCUGGACUCGCUCAGCUGAUGCGGCCUCCGUCUGCCGUCCCAUGAUUCCUCUGGUGGCGUCAGCAGCUGUUUGGUGGUUCAGUCGUUGAACACUCAUCUCUGUCUGUGGUUGUUUCUGGAUUUGUAAUGCGAGGCUGAAGUGCUGAUGCUGAUGUGUUCAUGAACGCCAUCAAGAUCCGUCACACAUCUGAUGAUGUUUCAUUAAAGAUGCUUUUGCUCUGAA